AUGUCGGUAGACUUUUCUAAGAACGCAACAGAGAGGCCCGAGCCUUGUAAGGCAGAAAUUAAAGGGAAUAUUCCCAGCUGGCUGCAAGGAACGCUCCUCCGAAAUGGCCCUGGCAUCUUCACUGUGGGGGACACCAACUACAACCACUGGUUUGAUGGGAUGGCCUUAAUGAAUAGCUUCACCUUCAAAGACGGUGAAAUAAUCCAUAGAAGCAGAUUCCUCAGAAGUGACACCUAUAAAGCUAACAUGGAAGCAAACAGAAUUGUUGUAUCUGAAAUGGGGACGAUGGCUUAUCCAGACCCAAGCAAGAACUUCAUCUUCAAGGCAAUCACCUUUCUCAACCACACAAUGCCUGACUUCACCGACAAUGGCGCGAGCAACUUCAUCAAGUAUGGAAAUGACUAUUAUGCCACUUCUGAAACCAACUACAUCAGCAAGAUUGAUCCCUUGACCCUGGAAACCCUGGAAAAGGUGGACUACUUGAAGUACCUGCCUGUAAACUUAGCUUCGUGCCAUCCUCACUAUGACAAGGAGGGCAAUGCCUACAACAUUGGAACGUCAAUAGCGACAAAGGGCAAAACUAAAUAUAUACUGUUCAAAGUUCCUGCUGUCUCAGACAAAGGCAAGAAAGGCCCUGCACUGAAAAAUGUAGAGGUGAUCUGCUCAGUCCCCUGCCGCUCCCUUCUCAUGCCGAGCUACUACCACAGCUUUGGCAUGACAGAUAACUACAUCAUCUUUGUCGAGAUGCCUUUCAAGCUGGACAUCCUCAAGAUGGCUACUGCCUAUAUGAGAGGAGUCAGCUGGGCAAGCUGCCUGAAGUUCUGCCCUGAAGAAAACACUCUGAUCCACUUGGUAGACAGAAAGACCGGCAAAGAAGUUGAGACAAAGUACUACACAGGAGCGAUGGUCCUCUACCACCAUGUGAAUGCUUUUGAGGACGAUGGCCACGUGGUCUUUGAUGUCAUUACCUACACCGACAACAGCCUUUAUGACAUGUUCUACUUGAGCAACCUGAAGGAGAAAUCUCAGUUUGAUGAAAAAAGGUUUUCCAAGCCAACUUACAAGAGAUUUGCCCUUCCCAUCCACGCUGACAAAAGCGUUCCAGUUGGAGGGAACAUGGUGAAACUCAAGUACACGACAGCCAGCGCUGUGAAGGAGAAAGAAGGCAAAUUCAUGUGCCAAGCAGAGGUGCUCUGUGAAGGCUUGGAAUUGCCCAGAAUCAAUUAUGACAUCAAUGGGAAGAGGCACCAGUUUGUCUAUGGGAACUACGUGGGGGAUUCUGCAGAAGCUGCAAAGUUUGACAUGGAAACCAAGAAGAUGGUGUACUGGGAUGAAGACAAGUGCUUGCCGUCAGAGCCCGUGUUCAUCCCCAGACCAAACGGAGAGUCGGAAGAUGAUGGUGUGGUCCUAACAUCAGUCAUCAAUUCCAAUCCAGGCCAGUCGAGCUUCAUCCUGAUUCUCGAUGGGAAAACGUUCAAGGAAGUAGCACGAGCCUAUGUGAAUACUGAGCUGAACAAGGACAUGCAUGGAUUUUUCAUCCCACAUUGAAAAUAAAGGUUUAAAAUAAAGAAAGGGAACUGUGCCACAGUAGUACAUGUGGCACAAGCAUGUAUCGUAAGUCAUUUCAUUGUAUUAUCACUGGUAUAUGGUAUAAAGUUAACCUUGUCAUUUAAGCAAAACACGUACUGUAAUGUUCUCCUAUGUAUUGUCACUUUUUUUAGUUCCAUGAUAUUACAAGAAUAAAUCAAACCAAUGCUCCAUAUUUGUGGAGUCAUGGAGAAGAGUUAUGUUAACACAGUGUGGUUUCACACAAGGUCAAGGUCUCCGAGCAAAUACAGCCUUCAUGACACAGUGUCACUUGUUUCUGAAGAUACAGAAAUGUCAGAUAAGUUAUCAAAGGAGUAAAGUCCAUUCAGUUAGGCAUAGGGUUAUAGAUUUAGGUAAACAUUUAUGUCAGAUUGUUCCCAUGUGAAAUAUGAUUGUUGUGUUUCAAGGUGCAGUGUUUCUCAAUCGCUCUGGUGCAAUUUUCACAUCAGAAUUAUCAUUCUCACUACUCUUAACACUUCUCACCCACAAUAGCACCUUUGUUGUUGCUUUUGUGCACACUGCAUUAUUAUUAUACUAUUCUGAGAUUUUUCCAACCUUUUAUUGUCCAAUUUUGAUGAGUCAGUGCGAGAUGUAAUCUCAGUUUGUUGUUAUUACAUGACAGGAGUGGAACCUAGUGUGGUCUUCUGCUGCUGCAGACCAUGUGCAUCACAGUCAGCUAGACUGUGCGUUCAGAGAUGCAAGAAGGUAUUUUCUCUUUUUCAGUGCAUUCUCUGUAUAAUCAUCCCUCCCUAGAGAUCAUUUUGUGGGAAAACCCCAGUAGAUCACCAAACAGUAGUUAGUGUUAUGUUCUCUGAUAGUAUAUAUUUUCAUUUCCUGUUUUCUGAUGUUUAGUUUCAUGUAUAUGAUUUAGCAUUUCUCGAUUUCAGCAGUUUUCUAAAGUUUCAAAGAAAUUCUUCACUUUUAAUUUAGGCCGACACUUUUUCCAACAUCAUCACGAUAAAAACCUUACAACAUGCAUUAUUCAUCUUUUCAUACAUCAUACUUUUUCUCAAUCAAUCUGGUGCCAUUCUCACAGCAGGAAAGUCACUCUCACUAGUCUCAUAUUUCUCAAAAAUUUAAGGGAUUUUUCACAUUUGCCAAAACAUUAACAGUCAGUCACUUUAACUGUGUGAUGAACGAAUAAACACCAAAUCAGCAAAAUAUGCCUAAUAUAGAAGAAAAUAUUUUCUGAAACAGAAAUGAAUUGUGAAGGGUUUUUUUUAACUUUACAAAAUUGAUGAAAUGCGGAAAAGCAAAAAUAAUACUCAUUAAACUAAAUGGAUCAGAAAAAACAAAGGAAAUGUAUACAAAGUCAUGCUACAUACAUUUAGCAACUACUUUAGCAGUGGAGCAGGCGUACCUAAUAAUCACAGUAAUGCAAAUAUCUAAUCGGCCUUUCACAUCAGCGGCAACUCAAUACAUUUAGAUAUGUAGAGAUGGUCAAGACAGCACGCUGAAGUUCAAACUGAGCAUCAGAACAAGGAAGAAAGACUGAAUGAAAGUAAUCGAGAAAAACUGUGAAGAAAAUGCUCCACCCAUAAAUUGCCUUGUUGCAUUUCAAAGGCCUAUAACAACAAUAAUCACUCAGCUGCUGUGUCAUUACAGAUACAGCUCUGUUGCAUUAUUACAGCAUGUACCAUUUAUCUUCGACAUUAAAAACUCUGGUAUCAGUGAAAGGAGUCCUCACUGUUCUGAUUACCAUGAUACAGCUCAAUUUUGUUACACUGUGUGCAGAAGGUCAUGUCGGUUUGAGUCAAGUGAAUGAAAUUUAUUUACCACCAUCAUUGCGUGUCUAUAACCACCGUGUUUAUUGCCUAGCACUUGACUAAUCAGAAUCUAAUCAGGAAGAGAAACAUAGUCAUCAUUUUUUUCCUUUUUCGUUUUACAAUGCGUGGGUCUAUUAUAGGAGAGUACCAAUUCCUUCACGUGAGCUAGCCAUCAUAGUAUUUUUCUAUCAAGCUGACCUUAACUAACGGUACAUGACCUCACUGACUUGUGAAUGCUUGCAUUAUCUAUUGCAUCGUUCUACAUCGUCUGAUAUCGAUUACAAAACAGAAGUGCUCAGUGAUUGGGCACUUUCCGUUGCUGAAUAGUAUAGCUUAGGUUUGUCACCAGGGGGAGACAAAGACUUUGCUUAUUCAGCCUUCUCUGCUGAGGAUGCAUUAAUUUGUCUUGACGCUUUCAAUUAAUUCACUGGUAAAAUUUAUUUGUACAUCAAAACUAACCAAAUCGACAAAUUCAAAAAUGAGUAUAUUACAUAGUAAUGCCUCUGAUAACACAAUAACGUGACUAAAUCGGAAAUUUUCUAAAAUACUGAAAAUAACAGUGGGAAAUGGAACAUCAGCUUGAGUUCUUUAGCUCACCUAAAUUGCAACAGUACCGGUCAUUAAAUCACAUUACACUGCUCUCAAAGUACAAGUUAUCUUAGUCCUAUGAUGCACUAUAAAAUGGCACUAACAGGUUAAAACUAAAGGUUUACUACACUCACCGUCCACCCGCCCAAUUUUUACAGCUUCUUCCUAUAUGCCCAUACUCCACGUUACCUCCAAGUUUCCUGAAAAUCAUCCAGGUAGCUGCAGAUGCAUAAUCCUGUUGACAAAUAACUAGAAACGGUAGCAAAAACAUAACCUCCUUUGUGAAGGUAAAUAAACAAUGAAACAAAAUGAUCAGCUGAUGAGAUAUAACAAAGUAAUAAAGCAUUUUUAGAAUGCAUACCCACAUAUUUCAUUAGUAGAUCUAAAUUAGAGUACAGUAAUGGUGUUAAAAGGAAACUAUGAAAACGGAUUACAAAAGGGAAUUGCAAAACUGACAGGCAGUGUGCCAGUACAUAAGACAACUGUUAGAAUGAAUAUUAUCUACAAAAAUUUCCACAUACAGCACACAAUAAUAAACCACACUCCAGUGCUAUCAGUAGUGCAAUUUCCAAAUCUUAAGUAGCAAAUAAAUGUUUUUCCUUGAUGUCCACCACAACCAAAUUACACACUUGGGUAUAAUACAUGGCAGUGCAAUGUUAAACUGUGGGAUAACCACUUAAUUGUGUGUAGAUACUCUGCAUGUAAGGAGAAAACUCCUGCAUUCAAGGCCAUCACAAGUUAGACUGGACACAUUUGCAGACAGUGAGAGGCCAGUUUUGAUUACAAUUAUUAAAGUAUAAGAUGUACAGUAAGGGUUGAAAUCCUACUUUCCAACCAAUCAAUUUCAUUGUUUACGGCGUCAUUAAAAAGUAUUUUCCUAAAGAUAACCCGAGUGCAAACAAAAUGCCUUUUUUUUUUCUUUUUUUUUUAAUGAUGAUUUCUUUUAUUAAUUGCAAAAAGCUAUCCGAACCUACAUGGCCCUGUGUGAAACAGUACAUGACCCCUAAGCCUAAUAAAUGGUUGUGCUAGUCUUGGUAAUAAGAACUGCAGGGAAGAGGUUUUGCAAGUAUUGGCAAAGAGUUAUUUACAUUGAGUGACUCUUUUCUGCAGAAUUGUUUUGAUUCAGCCACAUUGGAGGGUUUUAUGAGCAUGAACAGUGCUUUUAAAGUCAUGAAAAACAUCUCAAUAGGAGUCCAAAACCUUCAUUUUGUUGCUUCAAGCUAUUCAGAGGUGGACUUGCUAGUGUGUUUUGGAUCACUGUCCAACUCAAUAACCCAAGUGUGCUUGAAGUUUGGACCACAAAUCGAUGGCCAGAUGUUCUCUUUCUGUAUUUUCUUGUAAAGAGUUGAAUUCAUGGUUCCAUCAAUUAUGGCAAGUAGUCCAGGUCCUGAAUUAGCAAAGCAAAAGACAAUAUUGCCUUGGCAGAAAAAUGGUUUAAAAAACCCACAAUUUUGGGGGGGAAAACACAUUUGUACUCCCUGGCUUCAUUUGUGAGGCCUGGCAGUGCAAACAACAAAAGGCUAGUAAAUAGUUAUAGUGAACUCAAAGUUAUGGGUCAGUGUGCAAGAGUAAAGCAAGGUGCAGUGAAGCCAGCCACCAAAACUAAACAGACGCUCAUUUUGCCUGUGUCAGAUCGAGGAGCACAUGAUGCUGUUCCUAACUUGGAAAAAAAAUGCUUUAUAUCUUGUGAUCUGACUCUUACUUUUUUUUUU